UGCAGUAAUUCAGAUGCAAACAAAUUAUUAAUUUUAUUUAUAUUUACAGAUAACAUGUGCGUGUGUCUGUGAUACAUUUGUACAUACAUACACAUGUGUGUGAAAAUAAUUAUAGAAAAGAGUUUAAUUUUUGGUCUAGAUACUCGAAAUAAUUAUAGAAGCAACGCAACGAUCUAAUGCAAUGGCACUAUAAAAAACAACAUACGAUCAUAUCGUCACUUAGAGCAAUUGAAACAGUAUGCCCUGUCAUAUCAUAUCAUUUUAACCCUCCAAUUCGGAGGUUAAGCGUUAAACACGUUUUGAACGCUCAACACACGAAUGGUCGACACGGAAAGAGAACGAAUGUUCAAGGAAUACAACGAGAUCCUGGACGGCCUGAAGACGGCGUUCAUGGAGAAGUGGAAGACGAAAUUGGACGAUAACGCGAAGGUAGACGACUUCGAGCGUUUCCGAACCGUCGGCACCGGUGCCUUCGGCCGGGUCAUCCUCGUUAAACACAAACCGACAUCCACGUACUACGCCAUGAAGAUUCUCGAUAAAGCGAAACUGGUGAAGACGAAACAGGUGGAUCACACGCAUAACGAAAAACGGAUCCUGCAGUCCAUCAACUUUCCCUUCAUGGUCUUCAUGGAGUUCUGCUUCAAGGCAAGGGUCGAGAAUUAUAGCAACGACAUUGAUAACUCGUACGUGUACAUGGUGCUGCCGUUUGCGCAGGGCGGCGAGAUGUUCACCCAUCUCAGGCGUAUGGGGAAGUUCGACGAGUCGCUAGCGAGAUUCUACGCCGCUCAAGUGGCCCUAGCCUUGGAAUAUCUGCAUCACUGCAGCCUGAUCUACCGGGACCUGAAGCCGGAGAACAUCCUGAUACAGAACUCCGGCUACAUCAGGAUGACCGAUUUCGGUUUCUGCAAGAUGGUGGACGGUCGCACGUGGACGUUGUGCGGCACCCCGGAAUAUCUGGCGCCGGAGGUGAUCCUGUCCAAGGGCUACGGCAAGGCCGUCGACUGGUGGAGCUUCGGCGUGCUGAUCUACGAGAUGAACGCGGGAUACCCGCCUUUCUACGCGCACGAUCCAAUGAAGAUUUACGAGAAGAUUGUCGCGGGCAAGUACAAGUUCGCGCAUCACUUCGGCGAGGAAUUGAGAGACAUACUGAAGAACAUCUUGCAAGUGGAUCUGACGAGAAGAUACGGCAAUUUGAAAGACGGUAGUAUGGACAUCAAGAAGCACCGCUGGUUCCAAUCUAUCGAUUGGAUCGAGAUUUAUCAUCAGAAAGUGCAGCCGAGCUUCAUUCCUCAUUGCAGUAAUAGCGGUGACACCAGCAAUUUCGAUCAUUACGACGAGGUCCCGCUCGAAAUCUCCUCUUUUGAUCAGUACGGUAAGGAAUUCGCGCAUUUUUAGCAAUAAUGCUGGCAAACCAACAUAAAAAAAAUAAGAGAUUAAGGUUGAUUGUGCGUGAAAAUAUUUUUAAGUAUCUUUUACCUAAAUCCGGAUUUAAAUUAGUUUACGAUAACAAUAAUUAAUCAACAAUAUUCUUCAAGCAUAUGAGAACAACAUGUAACAGCAUGUAAUAACGUAGAAAGAGGAGGAAAGAACGAGAAGUACAUAGAUCAAUAAUGUGCGUUUUUUUAAUUUAUAUAUAUUACCUCUUUUCGCGUAAGUGUUCCGUGUAUAAAUAUAUAAUUGGUUGCAUAGAAUGGUAUUUAACUGUAAGUUUGAAGCAUUCUCGUCUUACGUUGGCAACAAAUAAAAAUGUUCUUUACCCUGAUAAGAUUUCUAAUAGUAAAAAUUAAUUCUAUAUACUCAUACAAUAUAUAAAUAUAUUAGGUAUACUACUGUCGAAUAAUUUGCGCGUGAUUUAUAAUUUUAAAUGAAAGACACAUCAAAGAGCC